UUCGAUUCUUCUUAUCUUGUUGCAGGAGUCUCUUCUGUUUUAACUGUAAUGAUCAUUAUCGUGGUGGUCUUGAUACUAGUAAUAGGAAAAAAUGCUAGAAAGAGUGAUUGGAGUGCCGAUAACGUUGAAGCAGUAGUUAUGUUUAAACGAUAUAUAGCAAAAGUGAAGAAGAUGACAAGCUCAUUUGCACAUGUUCUCGGGAAAGGAGGAUUUGGAAAUGUAUACAAAGGCAAGUUACCAGAUGAAGGCGUAGAACAUGUGCAAAUAUUGUCUCAUGUAAAGGAAGGAACCGGAGAAGAGUUCAUCAACGAAGUAGCUAGCAUGAGUAGAACAUCUCAUGUAAAUAUUGUCUCUCUGCUUGGGUUCUGUUAUGAAGGGAACAAAAGAGCUAUAGUAUAUGAGUUCAUGCCUAAUGGAUCCCUAGACAAGUUUAUCUCCGAGAAUAUGUCAACCAAGAUAGAAUGGGAAAGGCUAUAUGACAUUGCGUUAGGUGUCUCUCGUGGCCUAGAGUAUUUACACAACCGUUGUGUAUCAAGGAUUGUGCAUAUCGAUAUAAAGCCGCAAAACAUACUCAUGGACAAGGAUCUUUGUCCCAAGAUUUCUAAUUUCGGUCUUGCUAAGCUCUGCAAAAAUAAAGAGAGCGUCAUGUCAAUGCUAGACGCUAGAAAGACGGUAGGAUACAUUGCCCCUGAACUGUUCUCGAAUAAUUUUGGAGGAGUUUCGCAUAAGUCAUAUGUGUAUAGUUAUGGUAUGGUGAUCCUUGAGAUGAUUGGAGCAAAGAAUAUAGAAAAUUUUGGAUCCAACAAUAGUUCAAUGUACUUUCCAGAUUGGAUUUAUAAGGAUUUUGGGAGGGGAGAAGUCAUGAGAAUUUUUGGAGAUCAGAUAACCAAAGAAGAAGAGAGAAUUGCCAAGAAAAUGCUUUUGGUUGGUCUAUGGUGUAUUCAGACCAAUCCAUCUGACCUUACACCGAUGAUCAAAGUCAUUGAGAUGUUAGAGGGGAAUCUAGAGACUGUCCAGAUUCCAUCUAAACCUCUUUUUUGUUUACCCACGGCAACGGUUCCUGAAACUCUAGAAGACAGUCAUGGGAUUUCAAGCUGCUCUAAACCAAGUAAGUUUGGAAGGCACGCCUACUCUCUCAGCUUUUGAAGAGACUUUACGAUUUUCAAAGAAAUGGUUCAGUUACUUGUUGAAGAGAGUCAAUAACAUAUGCAAUGAGACUAUGUUUCUUGAUGCAAACAAGAAACUAUGGAAUAUAUAAAUGUGAACUUAAGCUCUUCAAAACUAGGCUUGCGUGAGGUGCGUUUUGUUUCUGAGUAUAGCUAAGAUCUCAAGAAACUUAUUUUAUAUUUCUUGAUAAACCAAGCUUGCAUGAGGUGGGUUUUGCAUCAAGUAUAUUAUUUCCCAUAUUUUGUGGCAAACCAAUUCUUAUUUUUGAGUUCUCCUUUCCUUCUGCAUAAGUUUUGAGCUUGAAGCUGCUGGAGUCUGUAUGUGGCUUCCGAAUGCAGAAUCUCAACUUCUCUAGAAACACACUCUAUUGUUAAGACUGUGGAGAUCCAGAUUACAUACCAUUUUGACGAUGUAGUUGCUUUAGAUCAAAUUUGAUCCAAAUAAUAAACUUUAUAAAGCGAGUCAUUUAAUGUAAUUCUUUUCAAAACAUGUGCAAGAUCGUUAAAACCAAUGAAAGAAAAGUUAUAAUUGAAUCAAACAUGACUUUCAGGGUAACCGCCAAAAUUGAAUGAAACAUUGGCAUUAUGUCUCCAAAAUCUUUGAAGAAAGUGAUAUAAGCAUAAUUCUCAAAAAAAAAAAAAAUUUAGGCUUCCAACUUUGUAAAAAAAAAAUAGUUCAAAUCUUUGAUAAGUAGCCUAUGUCCUCUUAAAUUUCAGGGCGGCUCUGCCGCUAGCCAUGGAAAGAUUAUCAUUUAAUGGCUAUGCAAACAUAUUUAUCGAUCUGUUUUUAACUGGAUUUUUGGAAUCCCAUUUAAUUUUAUUAUCAAUCCCACUAUAUAAAAGAAGCUAAAUUUGAGCUUCCUAAGGCUAUCCACAUGGUCAAAAUAAUCAUGACCAAUCAAAGUGCCAGGUCAUUUUGGACUGGGCUUGAAAUUAAAAAAAAUUAGUGACCUUCAGAGCCCAUUUGACCCAUCUUGCAGCCCAAUCCCGAGUUUCUCUUGACAGUGAUGUCGCACAAUCCCGUGUUCUAAACAUAUGGCUCCUUCUCCACCUAACCCUAAUCGCCGUCUCAUCCCUUCAUUGAUUCUCUUCCUCUCCCCCAGCUCCUCCCGCAUAACGCCUCGGAUGUGAGUGCUGGUACUUCAAUGUGCUCCCAUAAAUCCUCCAUUCAAGAUCCCUACAGACUCUCCACAUCAUAAUCGUUAGAAGAUGGAGAAAAAAGCAAUGGCACAUAGACGUAUGGAAACGUAGACACAAAGCGACGCCGCGAAGCUGCUAGGGUUUUUUCUUUUCUUCUGAUCGUCAUUGUUUCAGAUGACAGGGGAUGUUGUAACGAUCUGUUGAGCUGUUUAGGAUAGUGUGAAACAAAAAAAAUGGAUGAUGAUAAUGGGCUUGAGCUCAGCUUGGGUCUCUCAUGUGGUGGAGGGAAAGGUAAAGGUAACAAUGCUGGAACCUCCUCUGAGAAUCACAAUCUAGAAAGAGGAGGUGAUAGAAGCGCUAAAGUGAUUGAUGACUUUAAGAACUUUCUUCAUCCAACAACUUCUCAGAGACCAGCAGCAGAGCAGAGUUCUGAACCUCCUCCACAGAAUUUCUUCAAUGACCUCUCCAAAGCACCAACCGCUGAUGCUGAAGCUUCCACGAAGCCUCUGUGGGUGGAAGACAAGGCGAUGAAAGAAGCAGGAAGCAGCAAAAUAAAGGAGGAGGCACGUGUUGAUAUGCACUAGAUGAAGAAGAAGACAAAGGCAUCCUAUGUUUCGAACGCGACUGAUGAAGGAUCAAAAGCUGAUAACGAAGAUGUAGCGGAGUGUGAAGCAGGUGGUGGUGAUGGUGGUGGCUCUUCUUCCAAAAAAAAAAUAAACGUACGAAAACAUAGACUCAACUGUUCUACCUUUGGUUGCUUAACGCCUCCAAAGAUGAUUGAUAGCUUCAAUAAAAUAAAGACGUUUGAUCUUAGAUCAGUUGGAGGAGCUCAAAGCAGCAACGCUCCCAAGUGAAGACAUCCAAAUCAGCGAUGGAGAUCAAGACAAAAUUUUCAGUUGCAGCGGUAAUUCUUAAUUAAUCCAAUAAAGUUUAUCCAUUUGCAGAAAUGGAUCAUAACAAAACAGUCGGAAACAAGGUGGUGCGAAAAUAGUAGCAUUUUUAAAUCGUAGUUAGAAUUUAUGUUGUGUGAAUGAAAUUGAGUGUGUUGCAGUAAAUUAGCAUGUACUUUCACAUCAUCCAAUACAAUGCAUUUCUUCAGCCCAUCCAGGUGACUCAGGGGCUGAUAUGUCGUGUUCACACGUAAAGCUAGAAGAAAAAAACUAUCGAGGCCUGACUUAUGGCAAUAUGUCUUGGAAUAUUAUGAUACUGCAUGCACAUAAGUGUACAUAAAUAUGUCUUGGACUCAUUUAUAACGUGCAAAUGAACCAUGUUAAGCUUCUAUAUAAAAAUCUCUAUUUGUUUUACUAAUUCAAGUCAAUACUAUCAAGUUAGGAACAUGUCCAACAUAAAGAAAUCUAAUUACAUUUAGAAACUACAUUUAUAUUCUAUAUAUUUUGUAACCCCUGCAAAUAUAUAUUUUUAAAUUAGUCUAACAUAUGCCAACAAAUUUAACUUUUAUAUAAUGCAUAAAAAUAUAAAGAUGAUGUUGUGAGAUAAGAAUGUACACACAAAAUUUAAAAUAAAAGAAUUGACAAAUUAUAUAUAUUAUUUUAAAAAAAAAAUUUAUAUAAUAACUUAAUAAUAUAAAUCAUAAUCAAAAAUACUAUUCGUAUCACAUUUGUAUUAACCGAAAAAUUCGUGCUUUUGAAGCACGGAUCAAAAUGUAGACUAAUAUAGCUCCUAAUUUUUAUUUAAAAAUUAAAUUUCUAAAAAAAAAAAAAUUAAAGACAGCUAUCAAGUCUGUUUAAAAAAUAUAGUGGUUUGUUCUUGCACCAGAAUCUUGGUUAUGCAAUUCAAAAUCUAUUAUGUUGUUUUGUAACUUUUCUUCUUAAAACAGAGACAAAGAGUAAUGAACAAAGACAAUUAUGAACUCUUAUUGUCAGAUUGUUUGUUUUUUUUCUCUCGCUUCAAUUUGAUGACUGUAACUAAUUAUUUUAAUUCACACAAAAUUUUCAUAUUUUAAACGUAUCACAUUAAAUAUAAAAAUCUUCAAUAGAUUAUAAUACCUAAAUGUUCUUCUCGGUAGACAAUAAUAUCAGAAAGGCAAGUAGCACAUCUCCUGCCACAAUCACCGGCGGCAAUCACUGAAAGUUCAAAAAAAUCUUUUGUCUCAUCAAUACAAAUCAACAAAA